UUUUUACUCUUCUUAAAGUAGCAAGGAGAAGUUUGAAAUCCGGGAAGUGACAUGGUUACGCCGAUCCAUUUGGAAGAUUAUUUGGGCAGCUAUUAGUUUAAUAAAUUACUACCAUUCAAUGGUAGAGGCAGAGUUAUGUAAUGGAAAUAAUAUUGGCAUUGGAAUAAAAAAAGUUAGAUGCUAAUGUCAUUCGUGGAGCUCCCUACUAGACCAGUCAGUAUACCUCUCAGACUCACUUCUCUCAACUAUAUAAGAUGGGGGUGGGGGACAGGGAUGAUGAUGAUAAUCAUUUUUCCCAGGGCUGUGAUGAAGAAAGCACUACAUCAAUUAGCUUUGAAGCGUUUUGUUCUUCAUUCUUAUUUUUGUCCACUUUGACUAUGAGACCCAGCCUAUCUCCUGAGUUGCAGCUAUCCUGAGGGUCUUGGUUGGAAACCCCCCAUUUGAAUCACCUCUAUGACCUGUCUGAACCUGUUUCCUCAACUGCAAAAUGAAUGGGUUGGAUUAGCUGAUCUCUAAAGGCCCCAAAUCUAUGAUCCUAUGGUAACGACAGGGCAAAAAAAUGCAGUGUAAAGCAUAGAACCAGGAUACAGGGUUCUCUUAUGAGCGUCCUGGUUACAUUACACAGUUGUUUCCAUAUAAUCCAUCUGAACGCUUUUCCAGACCCCAUUUUUCUCCAGCAGGUGGCACCCGCCCCCUCCGCCGUCCGUGACCGCAAGUUCCAAUGCCCAGAGCCAGAAAGCCUGGCCCGGCUGCCAGAUAGUAGGAUGUGCUGGAGCUUGAGAGAGCACUGUAGGCGCGCGGCUGUCCGUUGAGCUAGAACGCUGCCUGGGACGUUCCAAAAACAGAAUGUGGGCCUGCGACGUUCCCAUAAAUAGAACAAGGGUCGGAACGUCCGAUAGAAUGAAUGCUGCCCAGAACGUUCAAUAGACAAUCCAAGAUAAGGAGGUUUGAAUCCCUCCUGACUCCUCCCGGGGCCUAGGCUGCUGAGGUUGGCCCUAUUACUCGGUUCCGUACCACUUUCGGGCGCGGCAGCAGGGACUACACUCCAGCUCCGGGAAGGACGGAGGAGGGACGAGAGAGGGAAAGUGCGCCUGCGCAGAGACUAGGAGGAGCCUGGCAAGGCCUGAGGAGGGAAGAGAGGAAGGGAGGAAAGUUCAGAGGGUACUAGAAGCGCGCACGGCUCCAGGGCGCAAGGAAGUAUGGAUGUUGAGAAAUGAAACUGUGUGCCAAGUAGAUGUGUAACCACUGAAGGUAUAAAAAUAAAGAUCAAUCUGGGCCAAAGCGGAACAGUUUCUUGUGAUGCCUGGCUGCAGGUGAAAACCUAAAAUGUCUCCCCAUCUCCUUCAUUAUGCCGACACUGUCACACCAGCCAAGGACCCCCUACCCUGCGGGAAGACUGGCCCCGCCCACAGUGCCAGGACACAGAAAGGCUUACAAUCUACAAUGGUGGAGGGAGUGUCCACACCAAUGAAAUCAUGGAUCCCUGAGACGUGUAAACAUGACUAUUGACUGGAUUGGAUUUGGCUAUGCUAGCAUGGUAGCAUUUGGAGGCAUUUUGGGAUACCAUCGCAAAGGAAGCAUCGUGUCUUUGAUUGCUGGCCUUUCCUUUGGGUUGUUUGCGGGUUAUGGAGCUUACUGUGUUUCCAGGGACCUCCGAGAUAUCAAAGUGUCACUGUAUACCGCUUUUCUUUUGACCAUAAUCAUGGGCAUGAGGUUCAAGAGAUCCAAGAAAGUGAUGCCCGCAGGGAUCGUGGCUGGCCUAAGCCUUUUGAUGAUUUUGAGACUUGUUUUGCUGCAGCUAUGAGAAGCCCAGCUUCCAAGGACGUAAUUCCCAUCCUUCCACCACAACAGACUACAUAUGCUCUUUGUACUUGAAAGAUAAGUUUUGAUAAGAAAUGUCAAGCAUCUGUUUUAAGAGAAAAAAAGCAACUAACAAACGAAAACUUCUCAUAUUAGCGUUAGUUUGCAAGCUUUUUUUUUAACUAAAAUUUUUUUAAGUGUCUUCUAAUUGUAAAUCAUUAUUUCCUAAAAAAUACUUAUAAAGAUGUCUCAUUAAUCCUUAUUUCUUCUUCUCUUAUUUAUCACAAUAGAAGGUGCAAAGUCAUUGUCCAGCGUUAUGCAUUUUUAAAGCAUUUUAUAUUUGUUUACUGAAAAUUCCAAAUACUGAUGUCACCAGACACAAGUUUACAUGAAAAUAAAACUUAUCAUAUAAUAGGAUGCCUUAUGUGUGAUUGACUAAAAUAUUAACUGAUUGCUCUAACCUCUGUUUGUCUUACAAGCUGCAUAGAAAGUACUUUUGUCCUGUAUUUUGAUUUCAUUCCACCCUCUAUGGACACUGGAUGUAGGAGCAGAGGGUAACUAGUAUUCAAAUAAAAGCUCUUCUAUUUUAAA